CCCUCCUCUUCCCGCCUUGACGGCCUCCUGGUCUUGAUAAUCCGGUCAAGCAGCGCGCAAGAUGAACAUCUGGACAGAACAUCGCAAUCCCGAAGGAAGGACGUAUUGGUUCAACACUGGAUCGAGGGAAAGUGUCUGGGAAAAGCCAGAUGAGCUAAAAACUCCAUUUGAGCGCGCUCUUAAUCAAACCAAAUGGAAAGAAUACUUUUCCGGAGGGCGGAAGUAUUACUACAAUACUGAAACGAAAGAGUCCAAAUGGGAUAUGCCGGAUGAGCUCUUGCUCGUGUUGGAAAAAGUAGAGAAAGAGGGCCAGACUGCUGCUGUGGUACCGGCUGCACAACCUGCUUUGACUGCGCCUCCGGCGUCGGAUUCUAAUGGCAGUCAAACACAACCGAAUGGAAAUGAACUUGCCGUGGGCGCGCAUACGGGAGGGCUUCCCCUGGCUUCAAGCAGCAUCUUACCAGCUCGACCGAACCUUCCAGACGAUCCUGUCAUACCACACAAUGGCUUUGCUACCAUGGAGGAGGGAGAAAAGGCAUUCACACACUUGUUAAGGAAAGCUGGCGUUGAUGCCAACUGGACAUGGGAUCAAACAAUGCGAGCUAUCAUUACCGAUCCUCUGUAUAAAGCGCUGAACUCCCUUGCGGAGAAAAAGAGUGUCUUCGAAAAAUAUACCACCUCUUUGAAAGUUAAAGAAAAGGAGGAGCGAGAAGCUCGACUGGCGAAAUUAAGGCCGGCUAUUCGAAACAUGUUGAAGGGCAACCCGAGUGUGUUCCAUUACACGACUUUUGCAACCGCAGAUAAGCUUUUCUCUCAACAUCCCAUCUGGCAACAGGCAAGAAUUGAGGCCGAAAGGAAGCUCAUCUUUGAGGAAUAUGUCCAAGAUCUCAAGCAACGUGAUGCGCAAGACCGAUCCGCCGCUCGUACCCGAGCCACAGCCAAGGUGGUGUCGCUUUUCAAGCAACUUGAUGUGGAUGUUCUUACCCGGUGGAGAACGGCUCACAACCUCAUUCUCGAUUCAGAUGAAUGGAAAUCAGACCAUGAACUCCAGAGACUUCCCUCUUUGGAUAUCCUGCUUGCAUUUGAAGAUUACAGUCGGGUGCGAGAAAGAGAGUACGAGGAGCAGAUGCGUCGGGCGCAGGUCGAAAAGACGAGGAAAGAAAGAAAGGCUCGAGAAGCUUUCAAAGCUUUACUACGAGAGCUGGUGAAAGACGGCAAGAUCAAGGCGCGUUCUAAGUGGAAGCAUGUGUAUCCUUUGUUCAGUAAGGAUGAAAGAUAUCUCAACAUGCUAGGAAAUCCGGGUUCCAACCAACUGGAGCUUUUCUGGGAUGUGGUGGAUGAUCUUGACCAGAAAUUGGAUGCCAAGAUUAAUAUUGUCACUGAGGCGCUCAAGGGGUACAGGCCGGAAAAAGUUGAAGGAGACACCGAAUCGCUGGACUUCGCCGUUGGGCCAGAGACUACGGAGGAGCAAUAUCGGAAAGUUCUCAAGCCUGUCAGUACUGCAAACGUCGAGACGCUGACAACGGAAGAUAUUCAUGACAUCUAUGCUGCUUUACAUGAUGCUGCGAUCCAAAAGCAGGCUGAGGAGAAACGAAAAGCGGAGAAGCGGCAACGACACCUGCAGGACGAUCUACGAUAUGCAUUAAAGAAACUUCCUGAGUCAUUGGACAUCUCUUUAUCUUAUGAAGCUGUCGUACCUUUCAUCGAACACCUACCUGAAUACAAGGCCUUAGAGGAUGAAGAAUCCCGUCGAUCGGCUUUUGCGAAAUUUGUAAAACGACAGAAGGAACGCCUGCGCGAGGCAGCUGGUUCCGAGGAUGGAGGGUCGACAACCAGCAGGAAGCGAAAAGAGCCUGCGCGUGAUGGCGACCGUGAACAUGACCGGGACCGGGACCGGGACCGUGAGCGCGAUCGAGAACCGUCUUUUAGGGAGCGAGACCGUGAUAGGGAACGGGGCAAAGAUUACGACAGAGAUAAUCGCAGACAUCAUUACCGUCAUGAUGACUAUGACAGUCGACGAUCUUCCCGCGAAUAUCCAAGAGUUGAUAGGGAUGAGAAAGACAGAGAACGUGACGGAUACCGGUCGCGACACCAUAGGGAUGAUAAGGACGAUCGCAGACGGGAUAGAGAUAGGGAUCGCGAUCGGGAGAGAAACUCGCGGUCAGAGUAUGGUCCCAACUAUAACGACAUACCGCCGCGGAAAGAAGAGCGAGAUGAAGGUCCCCCAAGAGAGGAGUCGCGAGAAAAACGAGAUGCUCCUGAUGAUAGACUUCCGGAUGAUCGCGCAGAAAAGAGACCACGUUAUAACCGGGGAGAAGGUGUAGGGAAUAAGAAAACUGACAUUCGUGCAGAGACCCCUGAGGAAGGAGAAAUAUGAGGUCGCCAUUCAGCUGUCCUCGGAUAACUAGGACUGAUUGCAUCGUCGUCAUAAUAGAAAGUGAGUAAAAAGGCAGAAGUUAUGUAUUAGCAAGAGAGCAAAGGUCGCAUAUACGGUACGUAUAACAAUGUUAACGAGCAUCGUGAAGUGUUGAAAAACUAAACGGACUAACUUAUGAUCCUGCCCGAUUCAUAAUCUAAGCUCGCUCAACAUUAUGGUUACCCUUUGCUUUCUCUCUGGGCUCUUCUUCAUUGUCUAUAACGCGCCCGUCAAUGCCAACGUUUUGUACAGCAUUCUGGUGAUCACCCAGAUAGAAAUUCCUCAUGAAAACU